AUGGAGCCGCCGAAGGUGGAAAAGUUCAGCUCCGCCGCCCGCGGCAACGGGCUGCGCGCUGUGGCGCCGCUGCGCCCGGGGGAGCUGCUGCUCCGCUCGGACCCCCUGGCGUACACCGUGAGCAAGCGGAGCCGCGGAGCCGUCUGCGACCGCUGCCUCCUCGGGAAGGAGAAGCUGAUGCGAUGCUCCCAGUGCCGAGUGGCCAAAUACUGUGGUGCCAAGUGCCAGAAGAAAGGUUGGACAGAUCACAAGCGGGAAUGCAAGUGCCUCAAAAGCUGCAAACCCAGAUAUCCUCCCGAUUCCGUCCGACUUCUUGGCAGAGUUGUUGUCAAACUUAUGGAAGAAACCCCCUCUGAAUCGGAGAAACUUUACUCAUUUUAUGAUCUGGAAUCAAAUAUUAACAAACUGACUGAAGAUAAGAAAGAGGGCCUCAGGCAACUUGCAGUGACAUUUCAACUUUAUAUCAGAGAAGAAAUACAAGAUCCUUCUCAACUGCCACCUUCCUUUGACAUCUUUGAAGGCUUUGCAAAACUGAUCUGCAAUUCCUUCACCAUCUGCAACUCGGAGAUGCAGGAAGUGGGUGUCGGCCUGUACCCCAGUGUGUCUUUGCUCAACCACAGCUGUGACCCCAACUGUUCGAUCGUAUUCAACGGGCCCCACCUCCUGCUGCGCGCCGUCCGGGACAUCCAGGCCGGAGAGGAGCUCACCAUCUGCUACCUGGACCUGCUGAUGACCAGCGCGGAGCGCCGGGAGCUGCUGCGGGACCAGUACUGCUUCGACUGCGACUGCGCGCGGUGCCUGACGCAGGAUAAGGAUGCGGACAUGCUGGCUGGUGAUGAGAAAGUGUGGAAGGAAGUUCAAGAAUCCUUGAAGGAAAUCGAAGAACUAAAGGCCCAGAGAAAGUGGGAGCAGGUGCUGGCGCGGUGCCAGGCUGUCAUCAGCAGCAACGCGGAGCGGCUCCCCGACAUCAACGUGUACCAGCUGCGGGUGCUGGACUGCGCCCUGGACGCCUGCAUCAGCCUGGGCCAGCUGGAGGAGGCCCUUUUCUACGGCAUCCGCACCAUGGAGCCCUACAGGAUCUUCUUCCCGGGCUGCCACCCCGUUCGCGGCGUGCAGGUGAUGAAGGUGGGCAAGCUGCAGUUGCACCAGGGCAUGUUCCCGCAGGCAAUGAAGAACCUCAGGCUGGCGUUCGACAUCAUGAGGGUGACGCACGGCCGGGAGCACCAGCUGAUGGAGGACCUGAUCCUGCUCCUGGAGGACUGCGACGCCAACAUCCGCGCGUCCUGA